AUGGACAUAAAGAAUGCAGAAUUUAUGGGCCACAAGGAAAGCAGACUCAGCAACUGUGCUGAAAUCAGCUCUGGCUGGGUAAAAGUGCUUUUGAGACUGGAUGCCCAAGAUUCACAGACUUUUAAGUUGGACCAAGUGUUCACUUCUCUAUCAGCAUGUAAUUUUUCAUUUUUCCUCCCCAGGUAUUACCAGAUAAGAGCUGGACUGAAGAUCCCAUCCAGGAUUCCCCACAGGCUGUUUGCUACAAUUGGAGGACAGACAGGUGAUUCCAGCCUUUGCUCAGCCUGCGUUCAUGAAAACAACGUUUACAGCAGAAUAUUUCAGAUUUUGUACAGAAAUGAAGAGAUCAUUCUUAAUGAAUCAAUGAACUUCAGAGUGCACCUGCUUCUGGAUGGCGAAAGGGUGGAAGAUGCUUUUAAUGAGGCAGAUUUUCAGCUCAAGCUGGACCUGCACUUUACUGAUAGUGAACAACAGCUGAGGGAUGUUCCAGCAAUCCCCAUGAUCAGCAGCCGAACACUGUGUCUCCACUUCCACCCUCGGCGAGGUCUGCACCACCAUGUCCCUGUCAUGUUUGACUAUUUCCACCUGUCAGUGAUCUCUGUCACAGUCCAUGCGUCCCUGGUGGCUCUACACCAGCCUCUGAUCAGUUUUGCUCGUCCAGGGAAAGGUUCUUGGCUUGGCAAAGGCAACCUGGAGGCGGGACCAGACCAAUCCAGUAUGUCAUUAGAAAAUCUGGUGUUUGGAGCUGGCUACUGCAAACCCACUUCUUCAGAGGGCAGCUUUUAUGUCCCAUCUGAAAACUGCAUGCAGCAUGCAUACAAAUGGCAUAAGGACCUCUGUCUUCUGCUCUUGAAUGCUCAAAGAGGACUUCACACGUACUACACCCUCAUAAUGACUGAGAUUCCUGAUUCACCACAGCUGAAGUUGGAGGAGCUAUCUGUGGAAGAGACGUUGUCCCAGCUUUGUAUGGAGCUGCAGCUGCUGAGCAAUCCAGAAAAGAUAGCAGAACAGAUAAGCAAGGACCUUGCCUGGCUUUGUUCUCACCUCCUGGCCCUGUGGACCCAGUUCCUAGAGGUGGCAACGCUCCAUCCAGAAGUCACAGCUUAUCUGACUCAGGAACAUCACAUGCUAAGGGUGAGGAGAUUCUCCGAAGCCUUCUUCUACACCGAGCACCAGAAACCUGCUGUGCUCACAUUCCAGGAAGGCCUGAUCCAAAGCCACGCACAGAUUUCUACAGAAAUUCGUAACUCGGAGUAUUUCACCAGCAUGCCCCCGCUGCCGGCAGAAUGCCUCGACAUCGACGGGGACUGGAACACUCUCCCAGUUAUCUUUGAAGACAGGUACAUGGAUAUGCCUUGCAAAGAUCAGAAUUUGGAAGUCUUCUCAGAUUUCGAGGUUCCUGCAAAUACUCAAAUGGAUGUAAUAGAUGAAAAUGAAGACUGUGCAUCAAAUGACGCCACUGCAGUAAUAAAAGGAGACUUUGGGAAAGGUACUCCACUAAUACAUGACAGGAUAAACAGGAAUCCCUCAUGCCUAUACAGCAGUACUGAAGGUGCUGCUGAGGGUUUAAACCAGCACUCCACAUCUCAGGUAUGUACAGCUAACAAAGAAGGCCAAAGGAAACCUGAAAAUAUUUUUGUUUCAAGAAGGGAAACUGUCUCUGACUCAGAGCCAGGCAAUACAGAACACAUACCAGGAGACUUUGAAACACCCAAGGAAGUUCUAUUAUUAAAAGAUAAUAAUCUUGGGGCGGAUGUAACUUGUGGAGACACAAAAUCUAGCAAUAAGGACUCUCACAAAAGUGAGCCUGUGUUAAUUGUCAGUGGUCAAUAUGAGUGUGGAGCGUGUGGAACUGAUAGCUCAGAAGACAGGACUGAAAUACAUAAAAUAGAUGAAUCUGGUCAUCCUGAGAAUAAUUUCACUUCGUCUGAGCUUGCACUGAAUGAGUUGACCAGUCUUGAAAAACCAGAAGAUCCCGACACCAAGGCUCAUCUGCCUGUUUUGAAACCUUUGCCCUCACACUGCUUUGAAGUGAAAUCGCUCACAAAGGAGCAGCGGGGUGAGGAGAGCGAAGAGUUUACCCUUACGUCAGGGGCCAUUAAAAGAUCCUCCUCUAUAAUAUCUGAUUCAGGCAUUGAAAGUGAACCAAGCUCAGUGGCGUGGUCCGACGCUCGGAGUCGGGCGCUGGAGCUGCCCAGUGAUCGAGAGAUCCUGCACCACUUGGUCCGGAGACAUGCCAUCCACCGAAACUCUCUGGAGGGUGGCCACACGGAAAGCAACACUAGCUUGCCCAGUGGGAUCCAAGCAUCACUCACAUCCAUCAGCUCUUUGCCUUUUGAAGAAGACGAGCGGGAAGUUGAACUCACCAAACUGACAAAAUCUGUCUCAGCUCCUCAGAUCAGCAGCCCAGAAGAGCCCACGGAGGAGGUGGAUAUAUCCAAACGCAUUGAGGCAACCUUGGGAGACCAAAACUCAAAAAGCUGCGUGGAAACAGAGGGUGACGACGGGAAAUUAAUCAUGGACUCUUCUGAGUGUCAAAUCACCACUGAAAGUGGACAAAUAGAGCCAAGACGACAUCCCAAUCCCUCCCUCCAACACAGUAGUAGUAACACUGAGUUAAAAGGGGAGGAGGAGAAAGGUUUUCCAGAGACUUGUAAUUUGGAAAAUGCAAGGCCACCCCUUUGUCCAAAGCAGCUCCAAGAAAAUGUCUCUGAGAGCCAGUCACUGGAGAGCAAUGGUGAGUGCAGCUUAAAAACACCAAGGGCUUGUAAUUACUUGGAACAAAAUAUAGAUAAGCUUGAUACAUGCAUUGAGGAUCCAAAGGAUAAACUUAAGCUGGACAGUUUAAAAAUACAACAGGGCUUCUCCAAUAGCAGAAUUUCAGGAGAGAAGAGUUUCUCUCAAAGUGUAAAGGUGGUACCAGAUUUGUGCUAUCCCGUUACAGCUCCGUCAGAGACCUCCACUGAAUUUGGCUCACUGCAAAGAGAGUGUGGCAGCUCUCUUGCUGCUGAGAGCCCAGCAGUGUGUGCAGAAAUGCAGGUGUUACAAGAAAUAGAGCUCAAUGACUCACCUGCCCCAGCAGACCCUGCAGCAGGGUCCUACCGGGCUGAACAUCCUCAGGAACCCAACAGCCAAGAGCAUAAACUUGUAGCGAACGGCACCGGGUUUCCUUUGGCAGCGACGGAGGGAGUAGCCCUGGAAAGCAGAAAGGCUGCUGAUGUGGUUAACCUGUCAGUCUCUUGCACAGCCACGUGUCUUCCCUUCUCUUCCGUGCUCAAAGAGACCCCUGCCAUGGUCGGCCUCUCUGCAAAGCAGGCUGUGAUCCCCAUCACACGCCAGCCCCUGGGCUCCUUUGGAGUUGUCUCUUCUAAUUCCGAUGAGGUGGAUGAAGAGAUGAACGAAAGGAUGCUGAAUUUUUAUCAGGCCAAAGAAAAAUUUAAAAAAGAAAUGAAGAUUGAAGGAUUUCUGUACAGUGACUUAUCUGUACUAGCUUCUGAUAUCCCAUAUUUUCCACCAGAGGAAGAGGAAGAAAAUUUAGAAGAUGGAAUUCACCUGGUUGUGUGUGUCCAUGGAUUGGAUGGUAACAGUGCAGAUCUGCGCCUGGUAAAGACUUUUAUAGAACUGGGACUUCCCGGUGGAAAACUGGACUUCCUAAUGUCUGAAAGAAAUCAGACUGACACUUUUGCUGAUUUCGAUACAAUGACUGACCGAUUAUUGGAUGAAAUUAUUCAGCAUAUCCAGUUGUACAACCUCUCCAUAUCCCGAAUAAGUUUUAUCGGACAUUCCCUUGGUAACGUCAUCAUUCGAUCUGUACUAACUCGGCCCAGGUUUCGCUAUUACCUCAACAAGUUGCACACCUUCCUGUCCCUCUCUGGCCCUCACCUUGGAACCCUUUACAACAACAGCACUUUGGUUAGUACAGGUCUGUGGCUCAUGCAGAAGUUGAAAAAGUCAGGGUCGCUUUUACAACUGACCUUCAGGGACAACGCGGAUCUGCGCAAGUGUUUCCUCUAUCAGCUCAGCCAAAAAACGGGUCUUCAGUACUUUAAAAAUGUUGUGUUAGUGGCCUCACCCCAAGACAGAUAUGUACCCUUUCAUUCAGCAAGAAUAGAAAUGUGCAAAAACGCACUCAAGGACAGACAUACAGGUCCUGUUUACGCAGAGAUGAUCAACAACCUGCUCCAGCCUUUGAUCGGGGCGAAGGACUGCACUUUGAUCCGACAUAACGUGUUCCAUGCCCUGCCAAACACGGCCAACACGUUGAUAGGCCGGGCUGCCCACAUUGCCGUGCUGGACUCUGAACUUUUCCUGGAGAAGUUUUUCCUCGUGGCAGGACUCAACUACUUCAAAUAGUGCCUGAAGUACGGGGUAACAGAGGCCAACCUUUUCACAGAGUGGAGGAGAAUCCCUUAGCCAAAGGAGUGAAGUGUUAGAAAUGAGAUCAGGUGGGACUUUCAAACUCUCCAUUUCCAUUUCUCUUUCAGAGAAUAAAGUGCUAUGGCUUUAAGGCGUUCAAGCUUCCAAGUAUUGGUGCUUUUGGAAGAAAUAAAUAUUCCUCUCCAAUUUCUGUGUCCUUUGUCUACAUAAAGACAUGAGCCACUUCUGAAGUACAGAAUCACAAUAAGAAGGCUCAUUCUCCAAAUGUGAUUGGACCAAUAUAAUUCCCGUUUCUCCUGAAUAUUAAACCAGGAACUUGUCUGUC